AUGGAGCUCAACAAGUCGCUCGAGGAGAUGAAGGCGGCGGCCGAGGCCUCGGCCGCCGCCUCCGUGACGGAGGAGAGCCUCGCCACGGCCGCGGCGUCUGCGGUGGAGGCCGCCCAGCCGGAGCGCCCGCUCUUCGAGGAGUUCUACGACGACUGGGCGGCGUUCGACGCCGCCAUCGUGCGCGCUACGGCGGCGUACCACCCGAUCCGCAAGCGCUCGUCGCUCACCUUCGAGGUGUACAACCGCACGGUGUCCAAGGGCCGCCACAACCGCAAGAACAUCGCCGAGUUCCUGUCCAAGACCUUCAAGUGCACGCACGGCAUCAAGUUCCGCUCGCGGGGCAGCGGCAAGCGGCUGCGGCACAAGCUGCGCGACAUCGGCUGCCCGUUCCACGUCUACGCGUCGGCGGUGGAGUACGGCCCCACGUACCGCGUGAAGGUGCGCAUGCAUGACAAGCACAACCACCCCAUCGGCCCGGACUCGAUGAAGAUGAUGAGUGGUGCUCUGCAUGAGUCGGACUAUGAGCUGGGCACGCACGACGAAAAUGACUCGGCGUCGGCUGGACAGACGGCGGGGGCGGCGACGAGUACCCACGUGCAUCAGAUUGAGCACGUGAUGACAUCCGAGGACCAUGAAAGCUCGGCGGAGGCGGCGCAAGCGGCGUACGAGAGGCAAAUGAGAGAGGACCUGGAAGCUGAGGCCGUCGCACACCAUGAGGCGCAGGCACGUGCGGAAGCUCAGGCUCAAGCGGACGCCCAGGCUCAACAGGUCUACCAGUUUGCACAGACCCAGGCGUUGCAGGCGAUGACAGACGCUCAAGCUCGGGCCCAGGUGAUGUUGCAAUCCCCGCAGCAGCUACAGCACAACAACAGCCAAGCGCAAGCCCAAUCUGUUGAUGCAACGGAUAUCCUGACCUCAUCCGGCCACGAUAGCGAGACGCUGUUGGAUGGUACCAUGGACAGCACCAUGACUGAAGACCCCCCUGCAAAAUUUGAAGAAACCAUGACUCUGGAGUCACUUCGCAAGCGCAUUGCUGAUUUUGCUGAUGAACGCGACUGGAAUCAGUUCCACACACCUCGGAACCUGUUGCUGGCCCUGAAUGGAGAAAUGGGUGAACUGUGCGAGAUUUUCCAGUGGAAGGGCGAGGUUAAGGACACUGCAGAUUGGUCUGCCAGGGAAAAGGAGCACCUGGGCGAGGAAAUCAGCGAUGUGCUGAUUUACCUUGUGCGUCUUGCUGACAAGUGUGAUGUCAACCUGCCUGCUGCUUUGAACGACAAGAUCGCCAAGAACGCCAGGAAAUACCCUGCUGAGUUGGUUCGAGGGUCCUCGAAGAAGUACAAUGAGUACAAACGCAUGCGGAUUACUGAGGAGUCAACUUUGUAAAGGAAGAGAGGCUGGUAAUUUUGGGCGUGCGAGUAAUAUGAUUUCUAUUUGACUUGCGU